ACCGACGAAUUGUGAUGUAUAAAUUCUUGGGCAAUGGUGCUCUCCACAUCUCUCUCUCUCUCUCUCUCAUUCUAAGAGCAAUUACGGUGCCGUUACUGGGGGGCUCCUCCUCUCACAUGCUCUGAAUCUUUCAGUCUCUGUGAAGGUUUCUGCUGGAACUCAAAACCCACGCUGAAACUGAAUUGAUUCCUGUUGUCUUCGCUUUUGUUCUGAUCUGGGUCAUCCAGAUCUGACACAAAAUUGGUCGAAAUGGACUCAUUUGAUAACUUUAAGAUCUGGGUUUUGUUUGUUUGCUUGGUAUCUCAAUUGGGUUAUGGCUUUUAUCUCCCGGGGAGUUACCCUCACAAGUAUGGAAUUGGGGAUACCUUGUCUGUGAAGGUGAAUUCGCUCACUUCAAUUGAUACAGAAAUGCCCUUUAGCUAUUACAGUUUGCCCUUCUGUAAGCCCCAGGAAGGUGUCAAGGAUAGCGCCGAAAAUCUCGGCGAGCUCCUUAUGGGUGAUAGGAUUGAGAAUUCACCUUAUAAGUUUAAAAUGUUCACUAAUGAGACGGAUAUAUUUCUCUGCAAGACCAAACCUUUGUCAGGUGAUGAGUUUAAGAUCUUGAAGGAGAGGAUUGAUGAGAUGUAUCAGGUUAACUUGAUUCUCGAUAAUUUGCCGGCUAUCCGGUAUACCAACAAAGAGGGUUAUGUUCUGCGGUGGACUGGUUAUCCGGUUGGAAUUAAGGUUCAAGAUGUUUAUUAUGUGUUUAACCAUUUGAGGUUCACUGUCCUUGUUCACAAGUAUGAGGAGACAAAUGUUGCCCGUGUUAUGGGUACCGGGGAUGCUGCUGAGGUGAUCCCAACUGUUGGGAACUCUGGAUCGGAGGUGCCAGGUUACAUGGUCGUUGGGUUUGAGGUGGUCCCGUGCAGUUUCCAGCACAAUCUGAAAUCUUUGGAGAACUUGAAACUGUAUGAAAAAUACCCGUCUGCAGUUAAGUGCGAUCCAUCAGUGGUGGCUAUGGCUAUAAAGGAGGGUGAGCCUGUGGCCUUCAGUUAUGAAGUUGCAUUUGUGGAGAGUGAUAUCAAAUGGCCAUCCAGAUGGGAUGCCUAUUUGAAAAUGGAAGGAGCAAAAGUCCACUGGUUCUCAAUUCUUAACUCUCUUAUGGUGAUUACUUUCUUGGCUGGAAUUGUCCUUGUGAUCUUCUUGAGGACAGUGAGGCGUGACCUAACCCGUUAUGAGGAGCUUGACAAGGAGGCUCAAGCCCAGAUGAACGAAGAGUUAUCAGGGUGGAAACUUGUUGUGGGAGAUGUUUUCCGUGCUCCAACCAAUCCAUCACUUCUUUGCGUAAUGGUUGGAAAUGGGAUUCAAAUCCUAGGAAUGGCUGUUGUGACAAUCUUAUUUGCCGCACUUGGAUUCAUGUCACCAGCUUCCCGUGGCACGCUACUUACAGGUAUGCUAUUUUUCUACAUGAUUCUUGGGAUUGCAGCCGGUUAUGUUGCUGUUCGUCUUUGGAGGACAAUUGGAUUUGGUGACAAAAAAGGAUGGGUUUCAGUCUCUUGGAAAGCUGCUUGUUUCUUUCCUGGCAUUGCUUUCACGAUUCUAUUCGUCUUGAAUUUCUUAUUAUGGGGUAGUCACAGCACAGGAGCCAUUCCACUGUCUCUGUUUGUAAUCCUCAUUCUCCUCUGGUUUUGCAUCUCGGUUCCCCUGACCUUCGUAGGUGGGUACUUUGGGGCAAAGGCACCUCAUAUUGAGUACCCCGUUCGAACCAACCAGAUCCCUCGUGAAAUCCCACCUCAAAAAUACCCAUCUUGGCUUUUAGUUCUCGGGGCUGGCACUCUCCCGUUUGGCACACUUUUCAUCGAGCUCUUCUUCAUCAUGUCCAGUAUUUGGAUGGGUCGAGUUUAUUAUGUCUUUGGUUUCCUCUUCAUCGUUUUGAUCCUCCUCGUGGUCGUUUGUGCUGAGGUCUCCCUUGUGCUGACCUACAUGCAUCUUUGCGUGGAGGAUUGGAGAUGGUGGUGGAAGUCCUUCUUUGCUUCCGGCUCGGUUGCCAUUUACAUCUUCCUCUACUCCGUAAACUAUCUCAUAUUCGAUCUAAAGAGUUUGAGUGGACCCGUCUCGGCCACUCUCUACUUGGGAUACUCUCUCUUCAUGGUUUUAGCAAUAAUGCUGUCAACCGGCACAGUUGGCUUCCUCUCAUCAUUCUGGUUUGUGCAUUACUUGUUCUCGUCUGUGAAGCUGGAUUAGAACCUUCACCAACUCAAAGACAAAGGUGGUUGUAGAUCCGAGAGUGAAGGAAGACCUUGUUUUAUUUUUAUUUUUUUUUUGCCUCCCCCUUUCUCUGUUGUCUGAGUUUGUUAUUUGCUAGGACACUUGUUCAAGGUUACAUGAAUAAUCUAGUUCACUUUUAUUAACUGAAUUCUUUUGUAGUUUUGCUAUUGUUUUGUUGUGUAAUACCAAAACCAAAGUGUAGCUGCAUUUUUGCAGAUGCUAUAAGUACUUGAUAAGGUGAGUUUGUGAUGUUGGUGGUUUCCAA